GGCUGCCCAGGCAAAUCCCCAGUCAACAUAACGUUUCUACCUGGACUGCCUCUGUCUGAACUUCUGAUCUGGCCUGGUCCCUCUGUACAAGCUACACCAUUUGUCUGGGUGCUUCGUACAGUAAAGCAAUACCACUGCACACCGAUAACCAUGGCGGAAGCAAUCGGACUCGCCUCUGGAAUACUGGCCUUGGCGACGUUCGCAUUCCAAGGCACGGUCUCGCUUUAUGAGACGGUGAACAGCUUCCGUUCGCACCCGAAGCGUGUGCGCGACCUUGUCGACGAGCUAGAAGCUCUGAAGGCUGUGUUGGCGCCCCUCAUUGAACUAGUUGAGUCAAACUCCGAUACAGACCUCUCAGCCCUAGAUCUGCCAUUGCUUCGCUGCGGGAAUGCUUGCAAGGAAUUCCAGCAGGAGUUGGUUCGGUGCGCGGCAAGAUCGAGUAAUAAUAGGGCCAGCUUCCGUGACUGGGCAAGACUCACAUACAUGGGGGAUGAUAUCGAUGAUUUUCGGAACCUGCUGGCAGGGUACAAAGUCACAAUUAAUAUUGCCCUGACUGAUGCAACUCUGCGCAAAUCUGCGGUCGCGGUCGAAAGCAUUGAGAACUACGAGGCUCUGAUACAGGAUGCAAAAGAGGACUUGGGAGCCCGACUCGAAAGUAUAGAUCGAAAGUUGGAGCAGCUGACUGAGAAGGAUGAACCCCUAUCCAAUCCGGAUGCAGCCGAAUUGCACUCUCUGAGGGAGGAGCGCCGGAGUACAGAGAAAUGCCUUCAGAUUUGCGCCCAGUUGUCAAACCAUAUCGAUCAGAUCCAGUUGCUAUCCGACGACACGAGUCCAGCUGGAGGAUCUGAGAUGGGUGAUUCGUCGCCCGAGACUGUUACGAACAGAGGCUUGCAGGAAUGUAAAAGGAGCCUAAUUGCGACAACAGCCAAGCUAGAAAAGCAUAUGCAGGAGGUCAUGGAUCAGCUUCUCGCCAAGUCAAAAAAUAGAAUCUCCUCGGACGAAGAUGCCCAAGUCUUAUCGCGGCUACGUGAUGAAUGGGAAGCUGCUCGGCAGUGUCUGGAUAUUUGCUCUCAUGCGGAUAGCCACUUCAAGGAGUCCGUCAGCGUUAUUGAAAACCAUGGCACUGGGGACGCUCUUCAGUUCAUGGUUUCCGCGAAUGGGAAGGUUCUCCAUGGGAAAAACCGAGGCUUGGGCUGGAGGAGCAGACAAGUAGGAGGCUAUAUGAGCAACAGCACAAUCCAGCAGCUGUCUCGAGAUCUCACAGUUCAGCAUCCUAUUUCUCUGAGAGGUGAUGAGCCUCGCUCAAAGACCAGCUUUAGGUCAGAUACAACCGACGCGGCGGAAGGCCAGACGCCUGAGUUUAAGGAACGGUAUGGGCGGGGCUUUACCCUAACGCCAACGAUCAAGUCAGAAACAAACACAUCGUUCCGCAGUAUGAGCAGGGAGUGAAUAAGACCAGAGGCGGGAAAUUAUAAACUUUACUGAUAAGCAACGUUUCAUAUUGUCCGUGAACCUUCCUAGAUUCUGGCUCUAUUCUUUAUCUAUUCUUGCUCUAAAAAAAGUCCAUUUACCAAUUAUAUGUGGUAGUCAGCAUAAGCACUUAUAUGUAAGGUUGCAGGUGUCAACGUUUCCCUUGUAUCCUUCAACAGAGACAUUGUAUCCUUGGGUCACCUUAACGAGGUUAAAUUAAGUCAGUUAGACAAGUAGCGAUCGAGUCAGC